GUUAGUACAGUUUCGGCUUAAGUCAGAUGAGACCCCCCUAAUAUUCCAUCAUGUAAGGCUAAUAAAGCAAUUAUUUCUUUUUACUUUUAUUGUAGACUCAUUGGGUAUAUGUAUGGGUUUCGUAUAUAGCUAAAUUGUACAUCCUGGGGGUUUGGUGUACAGAUUAUUUCAUCACCCAGGUAAUAAGCACAGUACCCAGUAGGUGGUUUUUCUUUUCUUUUUUUUUUCUGUGAGACUCUGUCUCACUCUGUUACCCAGGCUGAAGUGCAGUAGCAUGAUCUCAGCUCAUUGCAGCCUCUACUUCCUAGGUUCAAGCGAUUCUCCCUCCUUACCCUCCUGCGUAGCUGGGAUUACGGGUGCCCACCACCACGCCUGGCUAAUUUUUGUAUUUUUAGUGGAGACAGGGUGUCACCCUGGUGGUCAGGCUGGACUUGAACUCCUGACCUCAAGUGAUCCAUCCGCUUUGGCCUCCCAAAGUGCUGGGAUCACAGCAGUUUGAUCACAGAAGUUAUUACGGUUGGCAUUCUGGCACACAUCUUUCUAAUCUUUUUUGUUGUAACCUUUUUAGUAUCAUAACAACACUUCUAUAAACCUUGUGUAGAAAUCCUUGUUGUUGGUUCAUUUCCUUGAGAUACAUUCAAAAAACUUAUGACCAUUGUUAAGGAUCUUAAUUCGUUGCCAAAUCACAGCCAGGAAAGACUGCUAAUUUCUACUCCCAGCAGCAGGGACUUCUUGUUUCAGAUACCACCAUGGAUUAAAGAACCUCUCAAUGCUCUAUCCUUUUCAGAUGACUGGACUCUGCCCGUUUGUUUGUUUGUUUUUGAGAUGGAGUCUCACUUUGUCGCCCAGUCUGGAGUGCAGUGGCCCCAUCUCCGCUCACUGCAGCCUCCACCUCCGGGUUCAAGCGAUUCUCCUGUCUCAGCCUACCUAGUAGCUGGGAUUACAGGCAUGUGCCACCAUGCACGGCUAAUUUUUGUAUUUUUAGUAGAGAUGGGGUUUCGCCACGUUGACCAGGCUGGUCUUGAACUCCUGACCUCAAGUGAUCUGCCUGCCUCACCUCCCAAAGUUCUGGGAUUACAGUCAUGUGCCACCAGGCCAGGCUGACCUGUUUGUGAGGGGUGGGUGGGGAGGUUUUAUUUACUGAAACAUACCCUCUAUUCGUUGGAACCUGUUAUCAAGCCUGCACCUCUGGGCGGAGGCUAGGGCAGGGAGGGCACAGUUCCUAAGGCCACGUGGCCUUUCAACUCCUCCCAGCUGGGACACUGCAUCGGGAGGCAGCACGGCUUCCUGUGUCAUCAAGGUGCCUGGGUCUUGGCUUAGGGCUGAGGUUGGGGCCUUGGGAAGGGUUUGGAUUCCAAGUCCCUUCGCUGCAAGGAUGCCCCCGAGAGCGAGGAGGGGCAAGAUAAGUUUCGACUUCCUUCACUAAGGCCUUUGUCCUCCCAGGAGCUCCCAGGUUCUCUGGCGAUUGGGGGGGUGGGGAGGGGUUACAACGUUCAUUUGUGGUCAGUUAGAUGAGAAGUGACUCUGCCAGCGUCCUUUGACAUCCUCGGCUAAAAGGUGCGCCUCUUAGAGCCCCAGCCCACUUAGGCCCUCCUGCCCUGCCCUCGACCAGCGCCCCUCCCCGAGGCGUGGCACCUCGGUCGGGGGUGGGGAGAGGGAGCCGGGGGCAAAACCUGCUCCUUCCUUCUCCCAUUUCCCUGGCUCCCGCCGGCCACCCUGGGACUGCUGCCACAUCUGAAAGCGCCUCACCAGGCAGCGCCGAGGAUUGCCGGGCGGCGCGCAGGAGUACAGGGCACGGGCCGCAGUGCCGCGUUCCCAGAGGGAGCUCUGCGCCGGGUCCUUCCCUGUGGUAGCCCCAGGACACCCCCAUCCUCAACAUCCCAUUCUGGGACUCCUGCCCUGUUCCCAGAUUCGCUCUGCCUCGAGUCUCCUGGAGCUUCCAGUGGCUUGGUCACCCCCGACUCUCGUCCAUGCCUCUUAGAGCCCCUUUCCCGGCCUCACCGGGUGUCCCUUAAUAGUCUUGGGACCUUAAGGAGCAAGUCAGCCCCUGCGGACCCUCGCAGUGUAAAGAAAGCUGGCUGUGCGGUGGAACUUGGAAGAGACGACGUCUAGUAGAUUUGCUGAGCCCAGGAAGGGAAGCGUCCCUCUCGCUGCCGCUCCAGGUUGGACAGACACGCCAAGCUUUGAGCCAAUUGUCCGCUGUGCUGAAUGUAAGGCUCCUUAUCAGAAAGCUUCCAGUGAGGAACUGGUCUUCUGGAGACUGUGCGUGGCAUAGAGUGAUUCAACCACCUUCUUAAGAAGACCUCUGGCUUUCCUGGAACACAGAUGUUGAGACAUCUCCCAUAGAUUUGUGAUCAGCGUUGCAGCUCUCCCAGCAGCCCUGGACGGUAGCCCCCAGCCGCCGGCAUGUGGCUGCCACGCUUCUCCAGCAAGACAGUGACGGUGCUCCUCCUGGCACAGACCACCUGCCUCCUGCUCUUCGUCGUCUCCCGGCCAGGGCCCUCAUCCCCAGCCGGCCGCGAGGAUCGUGUGCACGUGCUGGUGCUGUCCUCGUGGCGCUCGGGCUCGUCCUUCGUGGGCCAGCUCUUCAGCCAGCACCCCGACGUCUUCUACCUGAUGGAGCCCGCGUGGCAUGUGUGGACCACCCUGUCGCAGGGCAGCGCCGCAACGCUGCACAUGGCCGUGCGCGACCUGAUGCGCUCCAUCUUUUUGUGUGACAUGGACGUGUUUGAUGCCUACAUGCCACAGAGCCGAAACCUGUCCGCCUUUUUCAAGUGGGAAACGAGCCGCGCGCUAUGCUCGCCGCCCGCCUGCAGCGCUUUUCCCCGAGGCACCAUCAGCAAGGAGAACGUAUGCAGGACACUGUGCACGCGGCAGCCCUUCAGCCUGGCCCAGGAGGCCUGCCGCUCCUACAGCCAUGUGGUGGUCAAGGAGGUGCGCUUCUUCAACCUGCAGGUGCUCUACCCGCUGCUCAGCGACCCCGCGCUCAACCUGCGCAUCGUGCACCUGGUGCGCGACCCGCGGGCCGUGCUGCGCUCCCGGGAGGCGGCGGGCCCGCUACUGGCACGCGACAACGGCAUCGUGCUGGGCACCAACGGCAAGUGGGUGGAGGCCGACCCUCACCUGCGCCUGAUUCGCGAGGUGUGCCGCAGCCACGUGCGUAUCGCCGAGGCCGCCACAUUCAAGCCGCCACCCUUCCUGCGCGGCCGCUACCGCCUGGUACGCUUCGAGGACCUGGCGCGGAAGCCGCUGGCAGAGAUCCGCGCGCUCUACGCCUUCACCGGCCUGACCCUCACGCCACAGCUGGAGGCCUGGAUCCACAACAUCACCCACGGGUCGGGGAUUGGCAAGCCAGGCGAGGCCUUCCAGACUUCGUCUAGGAAUGCGCGCAACGUCUCCCAGGCCUGGCGCCACGAGUUGCCCCUCACUAAGAUCCUGCGGGUGCAGGAGGUGUGCGCCGACGCGCUGCAGCUGCUGGGCUAUCGGCCUGUGUACUCUGCGGACCAGCAGCGUGACCUCACCCUGGAUCUGGUGCUGCCACGAGGCCCAUACCACUUCAGCUGGACAUCGCCUGACUGAGAACUCUGGGCCUUAGAGCAGGCCCCGAAUUGUGGUUGCCAGGCCCAGGAGGCGACUGCAUGGUGGAGAGGGAGCUGGGGCGCAUGGGGAAGCAGGUCACUACUAUUAACUGGGAGUUUGGGGUCCUCCCCUGAAGUAGGCAAGGACUGCACGUUUCUUUCUCUCCUGAUUCUCGGUUUUCCUUUGAGUCCUCUGGAGCUGCCUUCUCAUCAGGUGCACUCUUCAUGGAAAGCAACUCUUGCCCCUACCUCUUCUGGGCACAGGGAGUAAGUUCUGCUAAAUUAAAUUAAAUGUGUGCCAGGCCUGGCGCGGUGGCUCAUGCCUGUAAUCCCAGCAUUUUGAGAGGCUGAGGCAGGUGGAUCACCUGAGGUCAGGAGUUUGAGACCAGCCUGGCCAACAUAGUGAAACCCCCUGUCUACUAAAAAUGCAAAAAUUAGUCGGGCGUGGUGGCACACUCCUGUGAUCCCAGCUACUUGGGAGGCUGAGGUGAGAGAAUCCCUUGGACUCCAGAGGUGGAGGUUGCAGUGAGCUGAGAUCAUGCCACUGCACCCCAGCUUGGGCAGCAGAGCAAGACUCUAUCAAAAAAAAAGGAAAUAAAUUUGUUCAAAAGUCCUGCAAUCUAGUGAACUGUAACCUCAUUUUUUCUUUUUUUUUAAUUGUGUGAUUCCAUUUAUUUAAAGCAGAAAAACUAGUCUAUGGUGAUAGAGGUCAGAAUAGGGGAUACUUUGUAGGGAGGAUUUGACUGGUAUGUAACCUUAUUUAAUAUGUAAACAAACUACAACUUGACCAGGGAGUAUAUUCUUGUAAGAAGAAAGGAGUGUCCUCCAGUCAUAGCAGCCAGAUUUCAGCCAGGGGCAGACUGCAGACUGACCAGAUGUGUCCAAAUUAGACAAAGUCUGAGCUGUAACCAAUCAGCAAUGCCACUUCCUUUUUCUGUUUAUAAAUGCUGCUUGCCCAUUGUUGCUGGGUGGAGGUCUCUGAAACCUCUCUAAUAUAGAUCUCUCAUUUAAUGGGGUGAGUUUGGCCUUUAAUUCAUCAUCCCCAGAACAAAGACUGACCAAUUGGACUCAAAUGCUAUUGAACUAUCUUUAUGGCAUGGACUUUGAGUUAUUUGAUUUUGACUAGUUGUUAACUGAAACUCCUGAGAAGAAGUGUACUUCAGUUUCUUGGCAUUGUCCACUCAUAGCCAUCAUAAUAGUCUCCCUGGUGGGGCACAGUGACUCAUGCCUGUAAUCCCAGCACUUUGGGAGGCCAAGGCAGGCAGAUCGCUUGAGCUCAGAAGUUCGAGACCAGCCUGGCCAACAUAGUGAAACCCUGUCUCUAUUAAAAAUACAAAAAAUGGCUGUUGUGGUUGUGUAUGCCUGUAAUCCCAGCUAUUCAGGAGGUUGAGGCAGGAGAAUCUCUUGAACCCAGGAGGUGGAGGUUGCAGUGAGCCAAGAUUGCGCCACUGCACUCCAGCUAGGGUGACAGAGCAAGAUUCCAUGUUAAAUAAUAAUAGGCCAGGCACAAUGGCUCAAGCCUGUAAUCCCAGCACUUUAGAAGGCCGAGGUGGGUGGAUCACUUGAGGUCAGGAGUUCAAGACCAGUCUAGCCAACAUGGCAAAACCCUGUCUCUACUAAAAUACAAAAAUUAGCCAGUGUGGUUGUGCAUGCCUGUAAUCCCAGCUACUCAAGAGGUUGAGGCAGGAGAAUCGCUUGAACCCAGGAGGUGGAGAUUGCAGUGAGCCAAGAUUGCACCACUGCACUCCAGCCUGG